AUGAGUCUCGGAACUGCUGGAGCAGGGGGCGAAGAGCCGAGAAGAGUGGCGGGGGCGGGGCGGGGCAGGGAGGGGCGGAGGAAUGGGCAGGGCUGGUUGCGUCCUUGCCCUUGGAGCCAAGGAGACAGGCAACCAUGGGCUCGGCUCACCUGCCGCCCCCGAGCCUCCCUCCCCUGCUCACAGCCGCCUAACUCCGGGAGCGAGAUGGAGGCGCUCGCCUGGCUCCUGCCCCCGCUCGUCCUGCUGUGCGCCCAGCAGCACAGAUACACCAGUACGGGGUGGGGGAGACUGGCGCAUCCAGAGAAGUACCCGGAAUUUCCAAAACCCAGAGUGAAGAUGGGAGCUGGGGAACGGACACGGGGCUGGACAGCGGAAGGCGCCUCCAAAGGACCUGAACCCAGCCUCGCGAGGCAGCCCCCAGGUACCGGCCCGAGGUCCUUCCGAGGUGACUCGAAGCGUCUUCCUUCCCUACUUUUCCCAACCCUUCCUACCCCCGACGGCAAUUCGGAAGUGCUUAGCAGGCUAGGUCAGUGGCUUGGCCCUUACUGGUCAUCUAGGUGCAGUGACCUGGAGCUCCAGGCCAGGAGUGCACUCAGUGAGAGGCAGCAGCUCAGUCUAGGGCCGGGAAAGUCCAAUAGACCGAGGAAAAGAAGAGUCUACCUACAACCUCCCUUAAGGGUGCUGUCCACGACUCUCGGUUCUGAACCAGGAGCAAUGAAUGAUAUUGGAGAUUACAUAGGUUCUAAUGUGGAAAUAUCCUGGUUGCCCAAUCUGGAUGAUCUAAUGGAAGGCUAUGCCCGGAAUUUCAGGCCUGGUAUUGGAGGUCCUCCUGUGAAUGUGGCUCUUGCCCUUGAGGUCGCCAGCAUUGACCACAUAUCAGAAGUUAACAUGGAGUACACCAUGACCGUGUUCUUGCAUCAGAGCUGGCGAGAUGGUCGAUUGUCUUACAACCACACCAAUGAAACGCUGGGUUUAGAUAGCCGUUUUGUGGACAAGCUCUGGCUCCCAGACACCUUCAUUGUCAAUGCCAAAUCAGCCUGGUUCCAUGAUGUAACAGUGGAAAACAAACUUAUUCGGCUGCAGCCCAAUGGGGUGAUUCUAUACAGUAUCAGAAUCACCUCUACAGUGGCCUGUGACAUGGACCUCUCCAAGUAUCCCAUGGAUGAACAGGAAUGUAUGCUAGACCUGGAAAGCUAUGGUUACUCUUCGGAGGAUAUUGUUUACUACUGGUCAGAAAACCAAGAGCAAAUUCACGGCUUAGACAAGCUACAGUUGGCACAGUUCACCAUCACCAACUACCAGUUCACCACUGAACUAAUGAACUUCAAAUCUGCAGGACAGUUUCCCAGACUCAGUCUACACUUCAACCUGCGGAGGAACCGAGGUGUCUACAUCAUCCAGUCCUAUAUGCCUUCCAUCCUUCUGGUUGCCAUGUCCUGGGUCUCCUUCUGGAUCAGUCAGUCUGCUGUACCUGCCAGAGUGUCACUAGGUAUCACCACAGUGUUGACAAUGACCACACUGAUGGUCAGUGCCCGCUCUUCCCUCCCUCGGGCAUCAGCCAUCAAAGCUCUGGAUGUGUACUUCUGGAUCUGCUACGUGUUUGUGUUUGCUGCACUGGUGGAGUAUGCCUUUGCCCACUUCAAUGCAGAUUAUAUGAAGAAGCAAAAGGCCAAGCUGAAGGUCACCAAGCAAAGCAGCGAGAUCAAUGUGAAGAAUGCCAUCGUGCUGUUCUCCCUCUCUGCUGCGGGUAUCAAUCAGGAGCUGGCCAUUUCCCAUCGCCAACACAGAAUCCCAGGCAACCUCAUGGGCUCCUAUCGCUCCGUGGAAGUGGAGACAGGGGAGAUGAAGAAACAGGAGGGAACCACAGCUGGAAAAAAGGGAGGCUUGAGGUCAUUUUUCAAGCCCAUCGAUGCUGACACCAUAGAUGUCUAUGCCAGAGCAGUGUUUCCAGCAGCCUUUGCUGCUGUCAAUGUUAUCUACUGGGUGGCAUACACCAUGUAAAAGCAGCCACACACACAUACACA